GAGUGAUCAUGACUAGUCUGUGUCUAACACUUGGCCUGUGUGAUUGUAUGGGAAAUGAGUGGUCAUGUAAAGAAUAUGUGUCCUCAGCUGACCAUAUCACAAGCAGCAAGAACAUUGCUCUCUCUGUUACUGGUUGCUGCCAUUGAUUCAGUGAGUGCUGGAGUAGUAUGUAGGAAGCAACCGUGUGGGAGUUCCCUACAAAGAAGUUUGAAGCUAACCAAACUCAUACACAAGGAAUCUGUGGACCUCUUAAAAACAUACAAGCUCAGUCAAGGAGACAUGUCAGAGCUGUUCUGCCAGAUGUCAAUCAACAACGUUCCUGACCCAAACAUCUCUGGCCUUGACCCCUCAGAGCGGAUGUUGAGCAUCUACUCCCACUGUAAGGCUUUCCUACCACACCUGAAGAGGGUCACUGAGCAACAGACAGACUUACAGCCACCAUCCAGCUCACUGCUGAGCAAACUCUCUACUGCCCAUAACCGCACCAAUGGUCUGGCCAACCAAAUAAACUGCAUUUACCAAACCCUCUUUCCAAACCUGCCCAUCCCACCUGAACCUGUAGACGGACCGACUUCAGUGCCCCCCUCCCAGAACGUGUUCCAGCAGAAGGUCUAUGGCUGUGUGGUUCUUAAGAGAUUCAAGGAGUUCCUGUCACGGGUCACACGUGAACUAAGGACCCUAAAGAGCCAAGUGUGCACUAGGAGGACACCAUUUGCAGACACAAAUGCACUGUUCUGAGGCUGACCUUCUAUUUAUUUUAUUUAUUAUUUAUUGUACACUUGAAGGUAUGGAGGCUUAUUGCUGCCACUGAAAGAAAAAAUGGCCGGCCAAUAUUUUUCAGCGGCAGCAAUAAUCCCCUGCGCAUAAUCCCCUGCGCAUUUGAACGUCGUCGUUUGUCUAAAGUUGGUUGAGAUGUUAACCAAUGAGAUUUCAAUCUUCAUUCUUCCACUCAAAAAAGACAGCCAGAAUUCUGUUGUAUUCCCAAUGUGUUAUCGAUAUGCUUUCCACCAUCUAAAAGCGCAACCAAAUUCCAUUGAAAAACAAUGUCAGAUUAUAAUUUUUUUGUCAUGUAAAUGUAUUAUCGCUGCACUUUCAACCAUUAUAUAGCACAACAAAGUUCAAAUGGGAAUAAAAUGUCAGAUAUUUUGUAUUCAUGCAACAACUUAAUGUGUUAUCACUGUGCUUCAUCUAAUAGCGCAACCAACUGAAGUGUUUUGCAGCUGAGAUUACAUUAAAAGUACAUAGUGCAAGCAA